GGUUGUUCGAUGCAAGAUUUUUUUGCCAGAGAAGUCAUUUUAAAGUUGGAGAAAUUACACUAAAGUGCUCCCCGAGAUGAAGGCUCAGAGCCAGAACGAGAUGAAGAAGAGCCUCACUUGGUGGGACCUUAUGUGGUUCGGUAUUGGUGCCAUCAUCGGUGCUGGAAUAUUCGUCCUCAUCGGUCUCGAGACUAAGAAACACGUUGGCCCAGCCGUCGUCUUGUCUUAUGUUGUCUCUGGUGUCUCCGCCAUGCUUUCCGUCUUCUGUUACACAGAGUUCGCCGUUGAGAUCCCUGUUGCUGGUGGAUUAUUCGCCUACCUAAGGGUAGAACUAGGAGACUUCGUGGCAUUUAUCGUCGAGGGCAACAUCCUUCUCGAAUGUGUAAUUGGCAGUGCUGCUGUAGCCCGCUCAUGGACUUCAUACUUUGCCACUUUGUGCAAUCACCAUCCGAACGAUUUUCGCAUCCACGUCUCAUCUUUCCCCGACGACUACAACCAGCUCGAUCCCAUCGCCAUUGUUGUGAUCAUUGUCAUUUGCACCUUCGCCGUAGCUAGAACCAAAGACUCCUCCCGCUUCAACAACAUUGCUUCCAUAUUCCACGUUGCCAUCAUCAUCUUCAUUGUCGUUGUCGGCCUCACCAAGGCUAACCCGAAAAACUUCACUCCCUUUACUCCCUAUGGCCCUCGUGGCAUCUUCGUAGCCUCGACCAUUUUGUUCUUUAUACCUAUUGGUCUUGUUGGGUCAAUGACGAUCACCACAUUAGCCUAUUGUAUUCUUGCGGUUACGUUGUGCUUGAUGCAGCCGUACCAACAAAUUGAUGAGUAUUCACCAUUUUUAGUGGCUUUUGAGGCUGGUGGAUGGGGUUGGGCUAAGUACAUUGUCGCUGUUGGAGCUAUUAAAGGCAUGACCACCGUGUUGAUGGUUAGUGCUAUUGGACAGGCGCGCUAUCUCACGCACAUUGCCAAAACCCACAUGAUCUCUCCAUGGUUCGCCAAAGUGCAUGAAAGGACUGGCACUCCCAUGAAUGCAACAGCCACAAUGCUAACUGCAACAACAAUAAUUGCCUUCUUUACAAGCUCGGGAAUCCUCUCAAACCUCCUCUCUAUCUCUAUCCUCGUCAUCUUCAUGCUGGUAGCCGUUGGCCUGAUUAUCCGACACUACUACAUCAGCGGUGAAACAACACCAACCAACCGAAACAAGCUCAUAAUCUGUCUGGUUCUAAUCCUUGGAUCUUCAAUGGCAACCGCCAUAUACUGGGGCUCGAGCGAUGGCUGGAUCAACUUGGUAGUGUCCAAUGCCAUAUGGUUUCUCUCAACUUUGGCCCUAUGGCUCGACGUCCCACAGGCUAAAAAGCCUCGUGUGUGGGGCAAGUCGCUCGUCCCGUGGCUGCCUUCACUGUCUAUCGCCAUCAACCUUUUCCUUCUUGGCUUUAUCGACAAAGCUUCAUUUGAACGGUUUGGAAUAUGGACUGGGAUUCUGUUGGUUUACUAUAUCUUGUUAGAAAUCACGGCUCUCUACAAUAGUAUGAUAUUG